AUGGAUCUCAGAGACGUCGAGGACUUCAUGCAAGGAAGGAGAGCGGCUCCUGUCCCCCAGCUGUCUUGCGUGAACGGACCUGCCUGCUCGAGGCAUGCACAAGAGAUUAGCGCGAUCCAAUGUCGUAAUGUAGGAGCAGAUGAUCUUGGAGAAGUACAGUGGAGAUGUGAUGUCGAUCUCGACUCAAGCCUUCGUCUUGGAGAAAUCAACGUCAAUUGUGAAGGUUACUCCAGCAGGACGGAUCGCCUGAAGCUCAGGGGAAGUUGCGGGCUGGAGUAUUCUUUGCACUACACGACAAGGAGACACUUCCCGGCCCCAUCAAGACAACUCAAGACAUGGAUCGCGAGGCUCGAGAAGGAGCACGGGCAGGUCGUACUUUCGCCGCCGCCCUUGUGUGUGCACCAUUAUGACGGGAUGUUUCCAUACAGCUCCGACGACGACUCGCUUGCCUUCUGGAUUCUAAUUGCGGUUUUGAUUGGCAUCGGAAUUCUUGUUUGCAUGCGAGAGCGAUCAAGCUCAGGAGGCGCGAGUGGGGGGUCGGGAGCUCAUGGAGGAAGGCCACCCCCCUACAACCCAGACGCCCAUCAUGCUCCUCCUCCACCCUACAGUGCAUCCCAUGCGUACCAGGCGAACAACGGCUUCUUUGGCGGUGCAAAUGGUUUUUGGACGGGAGCAGCCAUCGGAGGAACGCUUGCCUCCCUGUUUGGAGGCAGACAAGGAGGAGAGCUAUCCUCGCCAACGCUGGAGCUCGCAGUCGAACGAGAGGCAGAGGCAGGAGGCGGAGGAGAGGAGAUCUUCGACCUCGAGUACGUUGAUCUAGAUCUGCAUUAA